AUGGCUUAUUAUAAUGAAAAUUUUGAUAACCGGAAUUCAACAUUCCAUAAUAUUCCACCGCCACCCCCGCCACCAAUCAUUUACAUGCCCCCUGCAGUCACUGAUGAACAGUUUGUAAAACAAUUUGAGAAAUUGGACACUAAAGUUUCGAAAAAGGCAGUUUCUAUCACUGAAAUUAGGGAAAAAAUUCGUGCUCUGGUGCUUACUGUAAAUGAAUUAAAAGAAAAGCAAAAAAUAUUGGCUGAAAACUUAAACACAUUGUCAGAAGAAGAAUGGAGUUCUAAAGUAAGAGAGAUGAAAGAAAACCAAUUAAAAAUUGAUGAGGUUUUAUCUCUUAUGAAUGAUUUUUGUUUGGAAAAUAUGAGACAGGCCUUGGCCAAGAGAUCUGCUAAACGGUUGAGAUUGAAACGGUUGAAUAAUGAGAGGAAGAAGGAAAAGGAAGAAAGGGAAGAAACGUCACGGAAAAUAGAUGAGAAUCUGCAGAAAAUUAAGGAUGAGAUCAAAAAAGUUAAACUGGAUGAAGAAGCUAAACUAGCAGCAGACUGCAUUCUCCGAGACACUCUCCGCAAGAAGCAUGAUGCCAGGAAGUGUAUUGUCAAGCUGGAGGCCCUGGUGAGGCUGCGGAAAUCACGCCAGAACACUGCCAAGGGUUGUGGAGAGCAGUGUUCGGAGACUGAUGAGGCGGAGUUUAACAAUAAUAUUGAAAAACUAAUAUCCCUUUGGAAAGGCAAGUUGUCCAACUACGAACUGGAAGAGCAACUGCUCCGUGACCAACUGAAGGAGUCUCUACCAGUUGUCGGUAAAAUGGAGGGUAUUGUGGAGACGCUGAAGGAGUGGAAAGAUAUCAUGUUUGAAGGAGAACCACAGUUUGACUUUAAAGGAGAUGACAUCGGAUUUCUAGCAAUCAGGGCUCAAUGGGACCAGUAUAUCAGCAACGACGGUUCAUCUCUCCCUAUUGGUUGGGUCGUUCCUGAACCGACAGAAAAAACCUAAUACUGUUCUACAAACCUUAGAGUACUAAUAGUCUGUUUACUAGUACUGUAAUCACAAGUGUGAACCAAUCAUUCAUGUCUUAUGGAGUAUCCCAUGACUUUUUACAAUUAAACACCCUUGUGUCCCACGGACGCGACAACGGUUCAGCAAUGAAAAUCAGUAUUCAAUUCUCAAUUUAAAACUUCAAGCUCGUUUUUUGGCGGGCAAAUUUCCCUCGGACUCCUGGGGUUAAUAGGUAUGUCUUGGUUUCGGGAGUAUCCCAUGAUGUUUUACAAUUAAGUACCCGUGUGUCCCACGGGCGUGACAACGGUUCAGCAAUGAAAAUCAGUAUUCAAUUCUCAAUUUAAAACUUCAAGCUCGUUUUUUGGCGGGCAAAUUUCCCUCGGACUCCUGGGGUUAAUAGGUAUGUCUUGGUUUCGGGAGUAUCCCAUGAUGUUUUACAAUUAAGUACCCGUGUGUCCCACGGGCGUGACAACGGUUCAGCAAUGAAAAUCAGUAUUCAAUUCUCAAUUUAAAACUUCAAGCUCGUUUUUUGGCGGGCAAAGGUCCCUCGGACUCAAGGGGUUAAUAUAAGUAUACGGUUUAGUUAAAAAAUAGUUCUUGGCGGUGUGGCAUUUUUUUUUGUCGUUAAAAGUAGUUAACUUUCAUAUACUUGUACAAUUUCAUGGGAUGUUCUGUGGUCAAAGUUUUAUUAAUUUUAAAGCAUCCUUUGCUUUUGCUUUUUAAUUGUUACUAUUACGCUAUUGCCGAUGAUUUAUUUGCUAUGUGGCCUUAAUUUUAUCAAUAAAAAUAUUUUUAAUGCUUUGUAA